UCCAUUCACUUACACUCCAUUUUGCAAUUCACGUAUCAAGGGAACUCAAUGUUUUCUGUUCGCAUAUGUGAUGCCCUGGGUUCGGAGAUUGAUUAUCCAUUUGCUGUUGAUGUUGAUGAUGAUGAAGAAGAAGAAGAAGAAGAAGAAGAAAAAGAAGAAGAAGAUGAUGAUGAUGAUGAUGAAGACGACGAUGAUUAUGUUUGUGGUUCAGUUAAAAGAAGAGGCUUUAAUAGUCAAAAUCAGCCUAGAAAGAGCGCCAGAAGAAGUGUUGAUUCCAAAUCCAAGGACCACAGUUUCAAACACUUCCAAACAAGGAAUGUAAGCUUUAUAAAAAAAGAGGAUGAGGAUGAGGAUGAUGAAGAUGAAGAGGAGGAAAUAAACAUUAAUAAUAAGAAGAAAAAGUCUCAUAUAAAACAAGAAGUUGGUGAAGCUGAAAAUGAAAUGAUUGUUCCAAGAAGCUUUAUUUAUAGUAAGGGAAGAACAGUCGUGUCCAAGAGAACUAAGAAGGCAGUUCAAGCUGCCUAUGCAUCAAAACUACACAAUCCUUCUUUUCUGGUUGUCGUGAAACGUAAUAUGGAGGUGCCUGCAGAAUUUGUAAGAAGGCACAUGAAAUUUUGUCCAGAGAGAGUUCAACUGCAGGCUAGCAAUGAUGAGAGAAAUAUUUGGGCUGUUAGGUGCUAUUACGUACACCAAGAUCGUGCAUUGGUGAAGAGACUAGGCCAAGGGUGGAGUUCGUUCUCAUCGAGUCAAGGGUUGAAGAAGGGAGAUGUUUGUGUGUUUGAGAUGAUUCGCAUGGUCGAUGGUGCCGUCUUUAGGGUUUGGAUUUAUCGUGCAGCUGAGUAUGCAUGACACUAGAACAAACUGCAUGACUGCCCAUAUAAUGGUUUUUUUGUAUGUGUACUUCCCUUUGUUUGAGUGAUUAGUUUUGUUGUGUUGUUAGUGUGGCUUCACUCUCGAUAUCUCUCCACUUUCCCCUUCAUAUUAAUGCAUAUUUAAAUGGUCAUUUUGUAUGCUGUUGGCGUUCGCUUAUCAAGAUUUUGUCGUUUGUAAAAACAAUGGUUUCCUAAUACAAAUUGUCGUUUUUUAUGAUGUUUGUCGUUGCUGAAGGUUUUACCUGGGCAGCUCUGUUUACUCGAAUAGAAGUAGAAUAACACAAAUAUUACACAAGUAACACCUACGCUGUGUGUGUAUUGAUUCGGACAAUAUCGUGGCGACAUUUCAAUGCAUGGCAUAAGUUAAAAGCAUUU